UAUGUGUGUGGAUUGAAACAGGUUCUUUCUCGAGUCCUCUGCGCGGUUGAAUUUGUUCCAAUCAAUAACUUUGUGUUAGUAUUCGUUUGACUCAUCAACACGCUGGCUGGGCCACUUUGGUAAAGGCAGUUCGGUCGAAACCAUAGCUAAGAAAUGACGAAACUACAAACAGUGUUCCUGCUUGUCGUGCUAACGGUACUGGAACUGUCCGCCCAGGCUAGUGACACCACGUUCGGAAUCUUCCGCCAGAAAGAUUACUACUUCAGCAACUCCUUUAAGCUCAAUUGGUUCAAGGCGGUAGAGUAUUGUCGAUCGCGAGGAAUGUUCCUGCUGUCGAUAAGGAAUGCCGAAGAGCGGGAAGCCGUCAUCGAAUAUUUGGACAGUACGGGUUAUACGAAAACGCACAAAAGUCUAUACGCCUGGAUGUCGGCUAAUGAUCUAGGAGAGGAGGGUGAAUUCUACUGGGCAUCGACCGGAGAGCGUGUUAAUUAUCUAAACUGGAGCGACACCGAACCGAACGAUUACAAGGUCGAUGAUUGCACCGGAGAGGACUGUGCCAUUCUGGAGUACUAUGCGGAAGGUGGUGCAAACUACAACUACACAUUCAACGAUCGAGCUUGUAUGCGCGAAUUUCUGUUCCUCUGUGAAACACUACCGGCAUGAAGCUACGGAGUAUAAGCAGGUCAUUUAGCUUAGUUUCUGUGUGACCUCUUUUUAAUAAAAUAGACGUAUAACGUAAACAACAACGAUCAAUGUUGCAAU